UCGUGAACGAACACCUGAGCAUAAUUUUCCGCUUGAGGAUGGCCGCGAUGCUGUCCAACUGUUCGCGGUUCGUGCCUCGUACGAUAACACGAAUUAGUAUAUCACGAACGAAGGUUGUGAGGUCUUUAUGUAGCCAAGAGAGGCAUAUCAACGUUGGGGAUAACCAUGAACGUAAACUACUAAUUGUAUCAAAUCAUUUUUGUAGGGCGCAUACUAUUUAUCCACACCGAACAUGUGGUCAACAAGAACUCUCAAUUGUGUACAAAAUAUAAGAAAUUUCACUAUCGGAUAGACCAGCCAAAACAUAUACAUUCAACAUCUACGUUAUGGGAAAUAAGGGAAGUUAUGGUACCCGCUUUCGCGGAAAGCGUAAGCGAGGGAGACGUCAGAUGGGAAAAGAAAGUCGGCGAUCAAGUCAAGGAAGAUGAUGUCUUGUGUGAAAUUGAAACAGAUAAGACUUCAGUUCCUGUGCCAGCACCAGGUCCUGGUGUUCUGAAAGAGAUCUUUGCAAAAGAUGGUGAUACCGUAAAGCCAGGCCAAAAAUUAUGUACCAUCGAUAUUGGUGCAACUGGAGGAGCUGCACCAGCAGCAGAGGCUCCAAAGCCAGAAGCACCAGCUCCUCCACCCACUCCUGCGGCGGCACCUCCUCCUCCUCCGCCACCACCACCACCAUCACAGGCAGCCGCACCACCGCCUCCAGCAGCCGCACCACCGCCUCCAGCAGCUCGUCCUCCGCCUCCACAAGCACCUAAAGCCUCUAUGCCAGUAGCUGCCAUUAAACACGCUCAGUCCUUAGAAGGUGCAAAAGUUCAACUGCCACCUGCUGAUUACACACGCGAAAUAAUCGGUACAAGGACAGAGCAACGAGUAAAGAUGAAUAGAAUGCGAUUGCGUAUCGCGGAACGACUAAAAGAUGCUCAAAAUACUAACGCUAUGUUGACAACGUUCAACGAAAUUGACAUGAGUCGCAUCAUGGAAUUCCGUAAAGUGCAUCAAGAAAGCUUUACGAAAAAGUACGGUUUAAAGCUUGGAUUCAUGAGUCCAUUUAUUGCAGCAAGUGCCUAUGCAUUGAAAGAUCAGCCAGUCGUAAAUGCUGUAAUAGACGGCACAGAUAUAGUUUAUAGAGACUAUGUUGAUAUUAGCGUUGCAGUGGCAACUCCGAAGGGUCUCGUUGUUCCAGUGAUCCGCAGCGUAGAAAACAAGAACUUUGCAGAAAUUGAAAUCGCUCUAGCAGCUAUAAGCGAUAAAGCAAGAAAAGGCAAGAUAUCUGUAGAAGAUAUGGAUGGUGGUACAUUCACAAUAAGUAACGGCGGUGUGUUCGGUUCUCUUAUGGGAAUGCCUAUUAUCAAUCCACCACAGAGCGCGAUACUUGGAAUGCAUGGAGUAUUUGAUAGACCAAUUGCACUUAAGGGCGAGGUCGUAAUUCGUCCAAUGAUGUAUGUAGCUUUGACAUACGAUCAUCGAUUGAUCGAUGGGCGUGAGGCUGUGAUGUUUUUGAGAAAAAUCAAGGAAGCAGUCGAAGAUCCCAGAAUUAUUUUAGCUGGCCUUUGAACAUCGUAAAUAUUUUCAUUCAGUCGCUUCGAAUACGCCUCUCAUCACUACCAAACCGUUUUGUACGCGUUGUAUUAUAUUCUGUUCGUUGAGAUUUUUAUUCAAUACUCAAGAUACUCUUGAAUACUUAUCGAUCAUUGUGAUAAACGAAAGUAAAAUAUCAAAUUGGGGAGACAACUUAAAAUGUCUCUUCUACUUAACUCUUGUCUAAUCGUGGAAGUAUUUCGAAUCAUUCAUGUUACAGUAUUUAAAGAUACGAAUAUUUCUACAAGAUAAGUUAUAAUUUAAUUAAAAUACUAUUUUCUUUCAUGUAACAUUUCUAAACUCGAGUCAAAGCGCAAUAUAACAACAUUUUAUUGGCAUGAAAGACCAAAUAUUUAUUUUAAUAUUCUUGUGGCUCAAACUUAAGACUAUUAUAUAUUAAUCUACAGAAAAAGAAGAAAUUAAACGUUACGUAAUACCUUUUCCACAAUUAAGAAUGGACAUUUUUCGUCGGAAACUGUAAAUUGCCUUCUAGCCAUGUACAUUGAAACGUUCUUCUUUUAUAUAUGUUUAUUAUAUUGCUGGACAAUACUAUUUUGUUAUUUAAAUUUUACAGUACGUGGUGUAGAGAUUGUGUGAGACGCGUGUUUAACUGUUUCAGGAAUUAAGUAAAACAGAUGCAAAUGUUUAUAACAAUUAUUUUAUUGUUUUUAAGUGUAUUUAUUUUCAUUUGGAUGGCCUUGAUCAGCGAGACGUCAUAAAGAAGCGAUAGCGAAACAGCUAGAGGGUACUUUAUUACAAAGAUAAAUGUAUCUAACUAAUAAAAUAAAAUUUCACAAAUCUA